CACAAGUAUCUCUUUGGUACUAAGUUUCACAUAGUUACUGAUCAUCAGGCUUUGAAAUUCAUUUACAACCCAGAAAAAUCUUUGAAUAGAUCAUCUGCUGCUAUGGUUCAAAGAUGGAGUUUAGAACUAAGUGCAUAUGAUUACACUAUUGAACACAGAUCGGCUAAGGAUAUACCUCAUGCAGACUUUUUAUCUCGUUAUUCAUUAUUUGAAAAUUCUGCUAAUGACACUGAUUGUUUGUUAGUCCAGCCGUUACCUGUGGAUAGAGUUCGACUUAUAAACGAUACUCGGAAAUAUUACGGGUGCAUUAUAAAUGCAACAAAAAGAGGUUGGAAUAUUCAGUGUAAGCGAAGAUUUCCGGACUUUUAUAAGCGAAGAGAUGAGAUUUCAGUCCAUCCUGAAGGAUUUCUAUGUCUGAAUGACAGAAUUAUUAUUCCUCCGACAUUAAGAUCUGCGAUUUUGGAUGAUCUUCAUUCUGCGCAUCUGGGAGCUGAUAAGAUGAAAUCAUUAGCACGUCUAACAUGUUGGUGGCCGGAAAUUGAUGCUGACAUUAACAAAAGAUCGAAGAGCUGUUCCAGCUGUUUGCAUAAAAUGUCCUAUGGGAAGUCGUCGUGGAAACCGUGGCCUACGUCUUGUGAGGUUUGGCAGCGUAUUCAUGCAGAUUACUGUGGUCCAUUCUUAAAUUCAUACUAUGCUUUAAUUAUUGUGGAUUCUUAUUCUAGAUGGCCAGAAGUUAUAAUUACAGAUAGUCCUAAUGCGAAAUUCACUCACAGAGCGUUGAGAAAGAUUUUUAGUCGAGAAGGAAUUCCAGAUGUCUUAGUUACUGAUAAUGGUACUCAUUUCACUGAGAAGAACUUCAAUGAUUGGCUUAAACACAUAGGUUGCCGUCAUCUGUACACAGCACCACGUCAUCCUCAGUCAAACGGUUUGGCAGAAAAUUUCGUACGAACAUUAAAGAGUGCCAUAGCAUCAAUGAGUCCUAAGAAUUUUGAUGAGCUAGAGAGAUGUGUAGAUAACUUCCUACUUCAAUAUCGCAAUGCGGAGCAUACAAGUACCCAUGAAAGUCCUGCUAAACUGUUCAAAUCUCGAAUUCUCAGAAAGCACCUAAUGUCUACGACUUCUGAUGUACAUUAUUACAGAGGGAAUGACUAUAGACCUUCUGUUGGAAUCAUACUACAAAAAAUGGGAAAUCGAAUGGUGAAAAUAUUAGACAUCGAAGAUCAUUCAAUUCAUAACAGACACCUGGAUCAAGUGAGAAUAAACGAAAUAAUUCAGAAAUAAGUCCAGAUGAUACUGAUGAAAAUAAUAUCACAGAAUCAGUUAGAAGAUCCCAGAGACUUGCAAGCAAACCGAGACCUCAUUAUAAAUACGCAAGGAGACAUUCGACAUGUGGCGGAUGUGGUGAUUGACAAUUUCUAUCUUUGUAUUGUUUAAA